AUGCUGAGCUGCAAGGGCGUCUUGCUGAUGCGGCACAUUGGACAGGAUGUGCCGCGCCGGCACACCCACUUCGUGCUGGAGUCGCGCCUCAUGUACGAAAAGUCCUUUCGUGAUGAGUGGUUGCGCAGCCUGUGUCAGGGGCUAGCGAACGUCGAUGAGCCACUGGCGAAGUCGCUCUCCGGUCUACCGCAGCAGAUGCUUCAGCGGAAGGUCACUUGCUUCAGCUACAACCAGUUCGGCCUCUUCAAGGUUCCAUACUACCGUCUCGCCAACGUUGACCGCUACUACGCGGUACAGGGUGCGCUAGGCACGCGCGAGUGGGUGCCAUACGCAAACGUAUCAUCCUGGACGAUGAACAAGAUGGUCCGAUCUGGUAACAUUCUGGUACACCGCGUUCACUACAAGGGCUGGGGUACGGACAAUGCCUUGAACCAGGGUGGGUGGGAACACCGAUGGAACAAGGUGAUGCAACGGAACGCGCUGCAGUACAACCGGAUCUGA